AUGGAGGAGUCGUCGAUGCAGCUCCGGGCUUCACAGGCCACGACUGACAAGGAGCACACCAAGUUGAAGAUCGAGGCUCUGAAGCGGACCCUGGACAGCCACCUGCUGCGACUGAACGCGAUUCUGAAUGGGCCGGACGUCAACUUUGAUCGCCUGGCAUCCGCAAUCCAGGGGCUGGAUGUAGAGCUGCGGGCAAAGCUGGCCGAGAGUGGCGACCUGCUCGAAGCAGCGCCUUCCGACGGCACCUACGAGGUCUUGCGGAACAGCCUCAAUGAGACCCAGAAGCGCUGUAAGGAUCUAAACGAUGAGAUGCUUCGAGUGGCAGACGCUAACGAAGAGCUUCACAACACGUUGCGUUCUCUAAAGGCUACAAACCGUCGGCUUGUGGAGGAGGUCCAGAAGCAAACCGAGGAGCUAUCCACGCUGACGCAGCAGCGGCUUGGGGACAUGGAGAAGCUCUCGAAGCAAGAGGAGGCCUUCAGCCGGGAGAAGGCCUGCUGGGUCCAAGACGCCCAGAAGACUCUCGAGGAGGAGCAGCGCCGCCUUGACGAGGAUUUCGCGGAGAUGCAAGAGGCCCUGAACGGCCGCCUCGACUCCUGUUGGCGCAAGGCGGCGGCUGCCAAGGUGAAGACCGAGGCGCUGAGGGGGAGCCAGCGCCAGCUGAAGUCUGACGUCCAGUCUUUCGCCCACGCCUUCAGCCAAGGCCUGAAAGGCGUUGAGCGGGAGCUCCUAGACAGGAUCGCAGCCGAGGAGAAGAAGAUGCGGACCGAGCUCAACCGCCUGCAAGACCUGGAGCAUGGGUUAGAGGUGAGGGUCAAAGCCGAGCGGGAGGUGAGGGCCAACGAGGUCCAGUCGUGGAGGAGCCGCCACACCGCACUGGCCACGGACCUCGAGGCCCUAAUCACCCGUCGAGACCAGGAGGUUUUUGAGCUCCAGUCGAAGGUCAAUCUGGCGAUCAGCAGUCGUGAAUCGCAGGAGUCCUCGGCAAAGCAGGAGCGUGCUGCCCUGCAAGAGAAGGCGGAAGCUUUGUCCAAGGAUGUCGCAUUGGUGGAGGCUGCCGGGAGAACAGUCCUGACAUGGUGCUGGUUGAUGCUGAUGUUGAUGCUGCAAAACUUGAUCGCCAUAGUGGAGCCGGUGCGUGAGCUUGUCGAGAUUUGGACAGAAAUGCUAGACUUCGCCGGGAAGGAAUUCUUCGCAUGGUGGCGCGACGAGGUUUUACGCCGCUACGGCGACGAGGCGGUGUACUUCGUGGAGGUUUGCGGCGUGACUUCAAAGCGUGCUCUGAUGGAGAGCUCAUUGAAAGUCUUUGCCGACGAGUGCGAGAAGCUGUCUGACCGAAGCAGAUUCGCGUAUCUGCAGAACGAGCUCAUUACUGAGAAGGAUGCUCAACUCCUGGAGUUGCUUUUCCGCAACCUUCCGGGCGUGCUGCCCACAGGCCCCGCCCACGACUUGUUUCGCAGGUGGCCUCAGAAACUGGCGCCCGCGCCUCUGUCGCUGCUGGUGGCUGGUGCUGGCGCAAGGACCCCUUUGCGACGGCCCGGCCUCGAAGCUCCACAGUGGUUCCUUUGCUUGUCGGGCCGGAUGCGGCUGAAGAUGCUGCCGGACGAGAGGUGCGAAGGUGGCCGCCUUGCACCCCUGGCGCCGCAAAGCGAGCCUUUCGGCCUCCUGGAUGAGGCUGGGAAGCCGCUCUUCACGAUCUGCGAGCACAGCGUCAGCGAGGUGGAUCUCUUUGCGGCUGAGCGCCAAGAGCCCUGUUCUGCAGCAGACCUCGACUCUUUCGGUCCAGAUCUGCAGCGCUUUCCAGAGGCGGCCAAUCUCCCAAAAGCUUUGGAGGUGCUGCUGCUACCAGGGGAGCUGGUGGUGGUGAGCGCAGGCUGGUGGGUACAGUGCUACUGCGAUGAGGCCUCCUGGGCAGUGCACUCCCAGUACGCGGAGGGUCAAGGCCUGGAGCGGAUUUUGGACUCGAUGCUGAGCUUUGCCGGAACACCCAAAGAGGAGAUCUUCGGCUACGAUGCCCUGCCUGCAGCGGAGCAGGUUGAUGCCGCUCUGGCCGCUGUACUCGAGAAAAGCGGGCGAGGGCCUGGCCGGGCAUUGCUGGCACGACUCAGGAGCCUGGAUGCAAAGCAGAACGCCGUGCAGGCUCCUGCGACUUCUGGUAGUUGUGGCGUGUGUGGCCGCCCAGCCACCACGAGGUGUGGCCGAUGUCGUGAGCUUCUGCUAUGUGGCAGCGAAUGUCAGAAGCGCUCCUGGCCAGAGCAUCGCAAGAUCUGCGUGGACACCCUGCGCCAGCGAGUGCACGACUCUGACGAGGCCAACUGGGAGCUUGCAGAGGCUCUCGCGGAGGCCGUGCGCAACAACGAGGCCCUCAGGCAGCAGAUGGAGGUCCAGCGCUUGGAUGCGCAGACGGCCAACGAGCUCAGCGCCCAGGAAGUCACCACACGGCAAGACCUGCGGCUGUGCCGGGAGAUGUUCCAGCAGCGCAUGGACUCGCAGGUGGAUCUUCGAAGUCGAAUUCGCGGACUUGAGGAUGUCGUUGGACUCAAAGCUGGCAAGAUCCAGGUUCUUCGGGAGGCUGUGGCCGAAAAGACAAAGGUGCGAGAGUCACUGCUGCGGGACGUGAGCAUGUGGAAGGCGCAACACGAGCUGGCAGCCAAGAUGCGAGCAGACGUGGAGAAGGAUUUCGAAGCCUUCAAGGAGGAGUGCCUGGGCCGAAAGCUGCGUGAGAAGCAGGAAGAGCAGCUUGGCUGUUUGCGUUGGGUGUAG